AUGUCCUCCUCGGGGACUGUCGGCAUCCUCGGCCAAGAGCCGCACAACGUGACUAACCAUCCAGUCAGAAGAGCAGCCCUCCCGUGGGUCCCCUGCCCGCCACCCUUGGGGCUUCCUCGUCCUCCCAGCCGCCCCCUGGGACCCUUGGCCACAACCAUCCUGUUCUGUAUGCUGCUGGACCCAGCGUUACCCCUGACUCAGGAGCACCAGGAUGUUCCAACCACGGAAUGGGUCCCCAGUCUAAAUAUGAAGUUUGACCGAAGGACAAUGGAACUGAGUUGGGACUGCAAAGAAAACACUACCUACCUCGAAUGUGUGAUGAUCCACAAGGAGAAAGGAGAGAUCAGAAAAAAGCCCAAGAACAAAGACUGUCACUGCAACUUUUCCCAUGAUUCUCUCCAUGGGGGAGUCACGUUCGUGGUUAAAGUAAAUAGCACCCAAGGACCGAUUCCAGAAAAACUGGUCUACGCUAACCCAGGUGGCGAGGGCACCGCUGCCCAAAACUUCUCCUGUUUUAUCUACAACGUGAACUUCAUGAACUGCACUUGGGCGAAAGGUCGGGCUGCGCCUGAUGACGUCCAAUAUUUCUUGUACAUACAAGACUUUAAGGAAAAAAGGGAAAGAGAGUGUCCUCAUUACGUGACGGACUCAGGAACGCACGUCGGAUGUCACCUGCACGAUCUGUCGGGAUUAACGUUCCGCAAUUACUUCCUGGUGAACGGUACCAGCCGAGAGACGGCGGUCCAGUUUUUUGAUACGAUUUUGUCCUUGAAAAAAAUAGAAAUAUACAGCCCGCCCGACAACGUCAGCGUCGACUGCAACCCGUCCCACUGCCAGAUCCUCUGGGACCCGCCCAGGACGCGACACCCCUCGUCCGCCUGGGACUUCAACUACCAGCUGCGCAUCCAGAAACAGGUCAGUGCGCUCGGCCCCGGACCGGACGGCGUCGACCCAGAGGGCAGACCAGCGCCCCGCCCCCCCCGCCGCGAGGGCCCGGUGCCCGCGGCCCGGCAGCGCUGGGUGCAGGGUCCCUGGGCAACGGGGGUGCCAUGCGGCCCCCGCAUUCAGCCGGCCAGGAAAGCCCCCCCUUGUCCUGUGCCGUUGGCCACGCGCCUCAGUCCUAAGGAGAACGGCCACUGGAUGCCCAGCCAGGACGCGGGGGGCCAUCGAGGGCUGGGCACAGGAGGCCACCCAGAGGGUCCCCCCAUCGUGCAGGAGGGCCACCCUCUGCGAAGACGCCUCAGGUUGUUUGCAUCAGAGACCUUAUUCCCGCGGAUUCCGCACAUCAAGGAUAAAUGGAGUGAGAACGUUCACACUGACCACCAGAUCAUCUGGGAGAAAUCCACCCCGGAUACAGGAAAGAUCGACCAUGAAGAGAUCCUAACCGUGGAGGAAGUCACCAUCGCCCCGGAGAGCGUGUGACCCACAAAGAUGCUUCCAGCCCCGGAACGUUCUGGAAGCCGUUUUGUCUUUUCAUUGUUUGAACACUUAUUUAUACGGCGCUCUAUUUUUUUACUUUAAAACAACGUGGUCUUUUGCAAG